GAAAAUCCAACUCCUCUGUUCCUUGAGCCGUAGGGAUGAACACUAUGAAUGAUAGCAUGGCUCCUGAGAAUGUAACAUACACCCUUUUUCCAUCCAGUGGGGAGGUGUUCGUUUCUAAUUAUCAAGUCACGUCAAUGUGCCUGCUGUCAAAAUUGCUUUUCAUCGGCACCUCCGGUGGAACAGUCGCUCAAUGUGUGUACGAAGAGUGUGGCAUCUAUGGCGGCUUGUUUUGCUAUAUUCAGCUAAUUACCAGAACCCUAAGUAAUUCUUCUAUUACCAAAAUGCAAACUGCCGCAAGCCUUAAUUUGUUGGCUAUUUUGAGUCAGAACGAUUUGUUUAUUUACGACGCUGAAAAAUUGGAGCCUGUUGACUUUUUCCAAACUUGUCGUGGCGUAUCCACGUUUCAUCUUCACCCUAAGGAACCGGAAUGUGCUGAACUAUGCUUAGGGUUCCUUUCGCGAUCCGUGCAAAUUUAUAAACUAACAAGGACGGGUACAAAUCUUUCCUUCGAAUGUAAACUAAAAGUCGCUCCGUCGUUGCUGUGUUUUGGUGAACAGUAUCUAUGCGUUGCAACCGAAGGGCAGUACAUAUCACUCAAUCUGCACAAUAAAGAAGUCACAGAGCUCUUUCGGUAUAACGGAGCCAGAACAAAGCCCUUUUUAGCACAUCUUCAAAAGGACGAAUUUCUUAUCUCUGGUCCGGGUUCUCUUGCGGUCUUGGUGGAUGCACGAGGACUUUCUCAGAGGCCUCCGUUUCAACUUUCCCCCAACGUCUUAGAACUAUUCAUAUGGCAUAACUAUUUGUUCGCUGUCACUGAUGAGUUUUUCACCAUUCACAGCAUCCUUAAUCAAACACAGUUGCAAACAGUUCCACUUGGUUUUGCUACGUCAGCUUGCUUUUCACCGCUUGAUCCCCAUUUGAUCUUCGUCGCUACAACCUCACAAGGGUCAAACAAAACGGAUCUUGCAGCCAUCGGGCCAGAGCGUUGGGAUCAUUUCGUCCGCAAAUUGAUAUUAGCCGGAUGUCACAGGCAAGCGCAGCAUAUUUUGUCUCGAGAAUACCAGCUUAUGGAGACACUAGUACAGGAACGGCCAGCUAGCAGCAAUGGCGUACGGAAUAUUUUCACAAUGUUUCUCGAAACUGCUCUAGUUAAACUUUUUGUCAGGCUUUCAAAACAUGGCAUCUCCCCAGCUCUUAAUGAGCUUAUUAUCCCAUCUGGACGCCUAGAUGCAACUAUUAUGGAUCUGCACGACCAAGAAUGUUCAACAAACUCCCCACACUCUACUGCUUUGGUUGACCUUAUCUCCAGUCUGGUGCACAUUGAUGUGGAGGAUCUGACGAGAUAUCUCGAGAGAUGCGGAUCGCACCAUGCUCUGGCGCUGAUUUAUCAGUGGCAAGGAAAUCUACCAAAGGCGGUCGCGGUGUGGCAACAGUUGGCCUACGGACAACUGUCAGAUAACGACUUCCCAGGUGUGCACUUCUACAUCGCCAUUCUGCGUUGGUAA